AUGUCAUUACCAUCGUUCAUUAUUAUUCUCAUAUUCGUUAUUCCUGAAUUGAAAUCUCUCGAUGUCGAUUUAGGAGGACUCGUGAAACAAACAGUUGCUGGAAAUGAAAGAGCUCUUCAUAACUGUAGUGUUGAUCAAGAUCAAGUUCUUCAACAAUGUUACAUCAAUAUGUUUAUUUCAUAUGGAUUGAACGUGACUAGUCUACCUUCAGCAGAAGAUGAUCCAUUCAAAAGUAUCCGAUAUGAUGCUACUGGAAUGUGUAGUAGUUAUUCCGCUCUUCGUCAUUGUCACAGUGACGUCAUCGACAGUUGUCUCAAUUAUAACACAUUCAAUGCGAUAUUUGGUUCUGAAUCUAAUGCAGCAUAUUACAUUUCUCAAACUGCAUUCCUUCAGUUUUAUUGUGAUUAUGGAGCUGAUUUUGUCGCUUACUAUGAAUGUAUGCAAGCAGUCAGUUUGAAUGAUUUGACUGACACAAUCUACACAGAAUGUUCUGUUUUAGAAGUCGGAUCUUGCGAGUUCGUUGUUUCAGUUGAGACAUCUGUUUAUUCCAGAAUAUUUUCAGCUCAGUUUCUAGUGCAACACAAUGCGAACGGGCAGUUGUUCGGAAGUCAUGUGGAAAGAGUGGUGUCAAAUCAUACUGUCAAUAUCAGAAGAUUCUAA